AUGAUGGCAGGACAUCACCACCACCACGGACAUUCAAGCCAUCGGCGCGGUAAACACGAUGGCACGAAAAGAGCUGAAGAACAACGCGAUGACCAGGAAUACCGAGAGAGAAUGAUUAAGGAGUUGAAAGAGCGUAGAGGUAGAAAAGAAAGACGCAGAAGGGCUCGAGAAGCGCUUGAGUCUGAGACGGGUAAACCAUGGUGGUUUGAAAUGAAUGAUUCGGAGGAUCAAGCCCGGAAAUGGAUGGUCGAAGAAAGAGAAGACAAGGAGUUACGUAACGCUGACGAAUGGAACAAGGCUCAAGAGUUAAAGAAGAUUACUGGAUUCUUUUACGAUAAAGAACGGAAACGUUUCGCUUUGGCUGAAGUGGAGAGCAAAUGGAAUACUACUAAGGCAAAGAGAGAUGUAAAAAAGAGAGAAAGAGAUCAAAUACUUGAAGAAGCAUGGAAUCGCGAGUUCUUCCGCUGGAACGACGAGCUGGAUAUUGCAGGUAGCAACGACGACCGAUACGAAACACCUGAUGAAGACGGUGUUAUUUGGUCCCCUCAAAGCCUUUUAGAUAUCAAUAAUGAUAUUAGAAAGAGGCAUCUCGCAAGAUGCAUGCCAAGUCUUCAAAAGCCUGAUUCUAGAGGUACACACUGCAAGGACUGCGAAGAUGAACAAGAGGUUGGUCAUUUCUGGGAUGAGGUCCGCAGGCUCGGACUCUAA